AUGGAGAUCCGCACGUUGCUGAACGAGAGCUGGGGAUUCAGCACCACAGAACCGACAAAGUCCUGCGGCUCGAGUUCGCGCUUCUUCUUGCCGUUUUGCGCAGAAUCGUCCUUCUUGAUGAUCUUGUUUGCCUUUUGGGACAGCUCUCGAGGCACAGAAGUGGACGGUGCGUCGAAAUCUGUGCUGGAAACGGGUCUUUUCUUGAUAUCCACUGGUUCCGUGGAAACGCCAGGCGGAGCAGCCCCGUUGGCAGCAGUGGAGCCAUUGGACACAGAGGCCCCGUUCGCUUCCUUCUUGACAGCCGGCUUCUUCGUCUCGGCGCCAGAACCAGUCGACGACGCAGACUGGACCCGUUUGGCCCACUCGUCUCUUUUUUUCACCUGCUCGGGAAGUUUUGCGGCAACAGAGGAUUCCAGCUGUUGCAAUUUGUACAAGGAGUCGGUGACCGAGUUUCCUAGCUCGAGCUCACCGAAAACACCAAUCAGCAGCUCGCCAGCUGCUGUGGUGACAAAGAGCAGACGUCCGUCCAUGCUCCAGCAAAUGUCCUGGAUCGCGUUGGUGCUGAUCUCGCUGGCUAUGAUCAACGGGGCGCUCGACGCGGUGUUCCAAAUGGCCAGCGUGCUCUCUGUGGAGGCCGUGGCCAGCACGUAG